AUGGGGCAUCCUCUUUCAUCAUCUUCAAGACAAGCUUCUCUGCGAGCGCUUCAACGUCUAAAACAGCAAGGAGCUUUGCAUCCAAGUAGACCCAUUCGGUUCUAUUUUUCUACUUCUCUAGCUUCAUCACCCUCCAUUGGACCAAUCACCGACCGAUUGACCGAAUUGGUGGCUCCAGCCUCAUUAUCAGCAUCAGGACCGAUUACCGAACGAUUGACAGAGCUGGUGGCCAAAGGUGACAAGUAUCCCGACCAGCAUCAAUUGGAGACUGCUGCCGAACUGGAUCGCUUAUACACUCAGCUAUUGGCGAAUGAACCGCCUCCCUUGUCUGUGGGAUCCAAAUCCUCUUCCACGACCGCAUCCUUGCCACCACCAUCAUCCAAUUCAAUCUUUAGGAGUUUCUUUGGUAGUCGUACUCCCACAGAUGUUGUGAAAAAUCUGGUGCCCUCCUUUUCCAGCACCACCAAGGGCGCGUAUAUCUAUGGAGACGUCGGUUGUGGAAAGACCUUCUUGAUGAACAUAUUGUACGACAUGGUAGACUCGGGAGCCUGGGCCCAAGACAAACAAAAAGUCCAUUAUCACAAAUUCAUGCUAGAUGUCCAUGAACACAUGCACCAAGAACGAAAAAUAAAUCCUCAGGGCGAUUUGAUUGCUCCCGUUGUGGACAGAGUCCUCGAAAAGGGUCGUUUCUUGUGUUUGGAUGAAUUUCAAGUGACCGAUGUCGCCGAUGCCCUCAUUCUGCAACGACUCUUUGGAGGACUUUGGGAAAAUGGUUGCGUCUUGGUGGCCACCUCCAAUCGGCCGCCUCAGAACUUGUAUCUCCAUGGAUUGCAACGGGAUCGAUUUCUUCCCUUUAUUGACUUGCUCGAAAACAAAUGCGCCGUGGUCAACAUGUUGGAUUCGGAAACCGAUUAUCGCAUGUUGACGCCCUUUGCCAAGGGGGAUCAUCCCGUGUACUUUUCCAAGGGACAAGCGAAUGACUUUGAAGCCUUGUUUGACAAAUUGGUGGAUGGAAGUAAGGUUGCCCCGACCCAUUUGGUGACCCAAGGCCGGAAAGUCCAGGUCCCCAAGGCCUCGUUAUCGCACAGUGUGGCACACUUUUCCUUUCACGAUCUCUGUGAAAAGGCAUUGGGAGCAGCUGAUUAUAUAGCGAUUGGACAAAACUUUGAAACUGUCUUUUGUCACUCCAUUCCCAAAUUGACGAUCGAUCACGUCAAUUGGUUGAGACGAUUCAUUACCUUCGUGGACAGCAUGUACGAACUCAAGGUAACUUUGGUGUUGCAAACCGAUGCAGAAUCCAUUGAUCAUAUCUUUACGGUGGAAAACAAAAAGGAUUAUUCCCAAGAUGAAGUCUUUGCCUUUGAUCGAUCGCGUUCUCGAUUGGAAGAAAUGGCGAGUAAGGGCUAUUUGUCACUAAAGUGGUUGGGAGAAGCAUCAAAGUGA